AUGAAAGCCCGCUCCACGUUGGUCGCGUCCUUCGCGCUCGUCUCCAUGAACGGGAUCCCCAGCUCGUCCGCAAACGCCUGGCGAGCUCCGAACUCAGUGUUUCUCAGAGCCAAAAACACAAAUUUUUGUAUGGCAUCGGCGUGAAAUAACCUUCGCGGUCUCAUACGGCACCGCCCUGUUCUCCGCGAGAUCGCACUUGUUCCCCACCAGGAGCCUACUGACUUCCCGGCCCGCAUAUCGGUCGAUCUCGCUCAGCCACUUCUUCACGUUGUUGAAGCUCUCCCCCACUGUCACGUCGUAUACUACCUGUCAGCACAAGUUGUGGCUACUCAAAAUCCUUCCUAAAAUAGCACUUUUCAGCCAUAAAAAGGGUGGUGCGGUUCUACGCCUUGAGCACGCACAAUGAUCCCGUGGGCGCCACGGUAGUAGCUGCUCGUUAUCGUCCUGAAGCGCUCCUGCCCGGCCGUGUCCCACUGUUACAUAGCAUCAAGCAUGAGAGAAAGAGAGAGAAAGAGAGAGAAAGUGAGAGAGAGAGAGACAGACAGACAGACAAACAGACAGACAGACAGACAAAGUUCUCUUUGAGCAGCCCCAACCACAGAAGAAAACCUCUAAUGACGGGUUUAGAUGCUGGUGACAGGUAGGGCAUGGCAUAAGGUUUGUAUAAAUUAAUUAAAUUUGUUAUAGGUAUGAUGGGCAGAGCUAGAAUGCAAAAAACUCACAAUCUGGAGCUUGAUUGUCUUCCCAUCUUUCUCGACGGUGCGGAUUUUCUGUGGAAAUGGAAACAGCACAACAGGAUCUCAGUAAGGCAACCUUCGGUAUAAGCCGAGGGGAGGAGGAAACACGAUACGCACAAAGUCAACUCCAAUGGUGCUUACAUAACCCUCCACAUACGAAUCGUCCUGAAGUAGUAAGAAAGGGGUUAGAUUUCAUGUGAACGGGGCUCCACAGAUCGGAGGGCCUCCACAAAUGACUAUGGUCGCAUUCAAGAAGAUACGGAGACAAAAUAGUUUCAUGUCGGAACAAGGCUCCAGCUGCCGAUGUAGCUUCCUCCAAGCGCCCCAGGGGCCGCAGGCAUGAUUAAAUACUUGAAAAGGCCGAAAAUGCGGGAAUACUGUGGAUUUCAGCAUGUCUCAAGGGACAGAACCUCGUUUUGAAUCAACAUUCGGUAUGAAUCUGAAUGCUAUUUCGGCUUGAAACGAAGCAAACUAACGAUAUUCAUGCAAGCUUUUCUGCUCCGAUUAUAUAAAUGCAAUCCAAGAAUUUUCGAACACCCAUCAUCUUUUGCGAGACUAUAAUAAAAAAAUAACCGAAUUCAUGCAGAUUCAUUAUCACUCUUUGUUGACGCUUCUACUAUGACGAGGCCAUCCUAAUGCACUGCAUCAUUGGCGACAUGAAAAAUGUCCAAGGAUCUUGAUCGGCAGCUUUUUUAUCAAAUUUGAAGGUCGAGAAAUGACUGAUCAGUAGGAAGAAAGAAUCACGGCAAAAAUGUCUCAUAA